GUCUUCAUGAUUUUUUGGUUCUUUUUUGCUUUUUCCUUUGCUGUAACUUUUUUUUUUUUGUUUUUUUUUGGUGGGGGGGUCGGUUCCUACAUUCAUAAUGCCUUGUCGUAUAAGUUGUUAAUAAUCAUGUAAUCUGUUUGUUUGAUCGUAAAAUUGUUUUCUUUUAGGAAGGAUUUUAAGUUAUGUCUACUUUAUAAAUUGUAGAUGUCUCUGUUAGCGGAAACAAGCCCCUCAAAGAUGUUACGGAAGAGGCUUCAUCGGAGCGUUGAUGCUACCCGCAAUUUUCCUCAAAAUUGUGGUCCAUUUGUUCAUGAAAAGAAGGAAAGCAAGCGUGUAAAAGUCAAUACUAUGAGGACUUUUCCUGAGCAAUGUGCCCCACGUAUUCCUCAAGCGAAGAAUGGAAGUGAUACUCAAUGCUCCGCUGAUGCUCAGAUCAUUAAAAGUUGUUCUGAAGUUGCUAUGAAUGUGAUUGAUUCAGUUGAGCCUUUAAGUGUUUUUGUGCCAAGUAAUUUUGAGGCAAAAGAUAUGCAACCUAGGCAGGUUAAAAGGGAAGAUUUGGUUGCAACGCAUAGUAUGUUUGAUGAGUCUACUCAACAGCAUGAAGUCUUGGUUAAUGAGGUUAUCCAAAAGCCAUCAACCGAUACAGGAUACACAUGUGAUUGGUUUAUAGAAGGAGAAUUGCCUGCUAUUGUUUCACCAGAAAAUCCAAUUGAUGGUCAAAAUGAACCUAGUAAGGAAACAAGCACGAGAGUUCAUCACGAAAAAGUUUCUGACGAUGAAUCCACGAGUGGGGUAGAUGAUAAUGAAGUUUGCAUUUUAUCUUUUUCCGAGCGGAACUCACUAGAAUCGGGUCUCAAGACACGAAGUGCUGGUGAGAAAGGUGGCAAGGAUGAGAUCGUGCCGGCAGAAGCAGUUCGGUCUCCAGAAUCCCUACACACGUGCAAGGUUAUUGUUGAGGAUGCAGGCUGUUUUGAGCCAAUGCCGGACACCGUACGUUCUGAGCAGCAUGAUGAACUGAACAAAGGCCAGGAUUUUGUCUUUAAGGAUUGGGAUCAACAUGAAUCUGUGGUCAUAAAGAAGCAAAUAGAUCUCGGAGUUUCUCAAGAAGAUUUAGGGAAGUCUGCCGUCAUGUGUGGUGUUUCUGGUCAUGGAUUGUUAACUGAAUAUAAACAUGAACAUAUUCACAAAGUGAAAGAAGUUAGAGAGACUCUGAAACUUUAUGAUGACGUAUAUACUAAACUUCUGCUAGAAGAUAAAGCAGAGAAACAUGAAGGACCAUCUAAAAGAAGAAUCCAUAUCGAGGCAGCAAUGACUUUGAAAAAACAGAAAAAGUGGGUAAAUCGUGAGUGGACCUUUGGACAUGUUCCUGGAGUUGAAAUUGGGGAUCAAUUCCGAUUCAGGGCAGAACUUGUUACAAUUGGACUACAUCAAAAAUUUAUUAAGGGUAUCAAUUAUGUGAAUAUUAACAGGAAGCGUGUCGCAACUAGUAUUGUUGAUUCUGGUCGGUAUGGGAACGAAGCCAUUUCUUCUGAAACAUUCAUUUAUGUAGGUCAAGGUCGCAAUCCAAAAGUAUCUUUUAAUGCAAGAGUGGAAAAUCAAAAGCUUGAAGGGGGUAAUCUUGCCUUGAAGAACUCCAUGGACUUGGGAUAUCCAGUGAGGGUUAUUUGUGGUCGACAAAGAGUAAAUGGUGAAAAAAGUGAUGUAAGAUACAUUUACGAUGGGCUCUACACUGUGACUAAGUGUUGGCAAGAAAGAGCUCCAACUGGAAAAUAUGUUUUGAAGUUUGAACUGAAAAGAAAUCUUGGCCAACAAAAACUUACUCGUGAACUAGUGUCACGGCCACCAAAUUUAGUCAAGGUAAAUCAUUUUCCUGAAAAUGUUAACAAGGAAACAAAGUCGAUUAUGCAGUCGGAGCUAAUUGUGGACUAUGAUGUCUCGCAAGGAAAAGAGAAGAUACCGAUCCCUGCUGUCAAUAUGAUAGAUGAUGAGAGACCCCCACCAUUCACUUAUAUUACCAACAUGCAAUAUCCGGAUUGGUAUUAUAUCUCUAAACCUCAAGGUUGCAAUUGCACAAGUGGAUGCUUGGAUUCUGAGCAAUGCUCUUGUGCUUCUAGGAAUGGAGGUGAGAUUCCAUUCAAUACAAGAGGCUCUAUUCUUAGAGCAAAACCUCUCGUUUAUGAGUGUGGUCCAUCUUGCAAAUGUCCCCCUUCUUGCAAAAAUAGAGUUAGCCAACAUGGUCCGCGUUACCAUUUGGAGAUUUUCAAGACCGAAUCAAGAGGAUGGGGUUUGAGGUCACGAGAUUAUAUCUCAUGUGGAAGUUUUAUAUGUGAAUAUGUUGGGGAGUUGAUUGAUGAAAAGGAAGCUGAAAAUAGAAUAGAUCAUGAUGAGUACUUGUUUGAUGUUGGCAACUAUGAUGAAGAAAUCCCCAAAAGGAAUGUUGCGUGUAAUAAUAACUUCAAAGUUGAGUCAAACUCUUUGAAAAGGAAGGAUGAAGAUGGCUUUACCCUUGAUGCGUUAAGAUAUGGGAAUGUUGGAAGAUUUAUCAACCAUAGUUGCUCACCAAACCUUUAUGCUCAAAAUGUCAUGUAUUACCAUGGUGAUAAUAGAGUACCUCACAUAAUGUUUUUUGCUUCUGAGAGUAUAGCUCCAUUAGAGGAGCUUACUUAUCACUACAACUACCAGAUUGACCAUGUUUUUGAUAAAAAUGGCAAUAUGAAGAGAAAGAAUUGUAGAUGUGGCUCCCGCAAGUGUGAGGGGAGAAUGUACUGAAGAACUCCUCAUCCUGAAAUUUCAACGACUUGUCAGCGGAAGAAUUUUCGGUGCACUAGUAGAAUGAAUACCAGCUUGUCACAUGGUUGUUUAAGGAACUGAAUUUAUAUUGUUCAGGUUUCAUGGAGUUCAGCUUAGUUCUUGGUGUUGAUUAUUGAACUCAAAUAUUCUUUGUAACUAGAUUUUUUGAUUGAAGGAGCCUUGGAGUAACUUAUAAAGUUGCCGCUAUGUUACCAGGAGGUUUUAUACAUAUGUAUUUAAUCACGGGUUUAAGCCUUGGAAACAACCUCUGACAGAAAUGUAAGGCUGCAUACAUACACCGUUGUGGUCAGGCCCUUCCCCGGACCCUGUGCAUAGCAGGAGCAUUGGUGCACCGUCUUUUUUUUAACUAGAUUUUUGGAUUACUGCAUUUUGCAAAGUUUGGACAGCUUUUACUUUCGGUUCUUUAUUUGCAUUAUAAGAAAACUAAUAAAUUUGCCCGCGCUUCGUGCGACAAUAAGAAAAUCAAAAUAUAGUCUUUUGAUAAC